GUGUUUUCACAAACUUUUAUUGUUAAUUGUUAUCGUAUUUUGAAUGUGUUGUCUUAGCCAAAAUAUUUAGAUUAAAAAUGGAGCAUAAAGUGUGCCAAUGUUGUUUUUCAAUUACAUACAAUAAUAAUGAUAUCAAAAAUAAUUUGUUCGAACAAAAAGUUAUUUAUUCCGAAUUAAUAAAAGAUACUUUUGAUAUAAACAUCACUUCAGAAAUUAAUAAAAUAUGUAAUCAAUGUAUAAGAAAACUCAAAGAAGCUUCGGAAUUUAAACGCGUUAUUCAGAGAACACAAGAUGAAUUAUUAAAAAUAUGUAAAGAUAAACAGGAAACACAAAAUAUGGAUACUGAUACUACUAAAAGGGAUGUAUGUGCAAUGUCUACAAACCUUUGGGAUGUAGAUAAGAAAUCAAAAGGUCCAAUCAAAGACACGCAAUAUCCAAUCCAUUCAAUGAUAGCUUUUCAAAUUAAAUCAGAUCUAACUGGUGAAAAAUAUAUCAAAGAUAAAUGCACAAAUAUACAAGAAAAUGUGAAGAAUAAUGGAGAUAAAAUUACAAUUUUGCCAACCGAUGUCACGAAUCGCACUAAAAUCCAUCGAGCGACAAGAGAAGACUCAUUAAAACUCCUUAAAUACUCAAAUAUUUGUCUGUUCAAGUCAUUAAAAACGAAGUUCCAAUGUUACUCCUGUAAAGAAACCUUCUUUAACAUGUCAGAUUUAAGAUCACACACAAAAAUUCACUCAAAUACAAACGACAGAGGGUCCAAAAUCAACUUAAAGGGGUAUUCCUCUAAAAAUGCAGACAUCUCAUCAUUAUCUUGCAAUUUGUGUUAUCAGGCGUGUAAUGACUUGAGUGUAUUGAAACAGCAUUUGAUAAAUAAACACAGUAUAGAAUUUGCAUCAGCUGAACAUAUGUUUGUUCCGUUUAAACUCGAGAACGGCUUCAAAUGUGUUACAUGUGGCGAAGACUUCAAUUCAUUCGUCCGUUUAUCGACCCACAUGAAUAAACACUCGACGAAUAAUGUCUGUGAAAAAUGUGGCACGUUCUUCAUAAACCGUUUGAGUCUGAGAGCACAUUUACAGUCGGUCCAUAGAGAGAAAAAAUGCACGAUGUGUCUGGCGAAGUUUGAGAAGAACUAUACCAAGGUGAAGCAUAUGAGGAUUGUGCACAACGUCGGAGCCAUUAGGAGAUAUUGUACGAUAUGUGGCAAAGAUUUCAAACACUCGUACAAAUUACUGGAACAUAAAAUAAAAGAGCACGGGGCUCAGAGAUUGACAUCAAAUUGCAAGGAGUGUGGGAAGACCUUCCUCUCGCCGCAGAAUUUGAAGAUUCACAUAAGGUCCGUUCAUGUUAAGGAGAGGAAUUACCAGUGCAAUGUAUGUGGUAUGAGGUUCUUCACUAAAGCUGAUGAAAAAAGACAUGGAAGGAAACACGAGGAUGUCAAGAUGUUCUCAUGCAGUUAUUGUGAGGGGAAAUUCAAGUCGAAGGAUUCUUGGAGACGACAUUUGAAACGUAUACAUGAUAAAUUAGUCGUCGAUUAA